AUGCCAGUCGCUGAAGCAGACGCCGAAGCUGCUGCGUCAGUGGAAGCUGUUGCUGCUGCUUCGACAAGCUCGCCGCCUGCUGGGCAUGACGAUACCAUCAGCAGGCUCGCCUCGCCACUCUCGACGCCAACAACCGCCACGAGCCCCGUGUCGCCGACUUUCCUGUCUGUCGCCGGCCGGGUCAGCACGCCCUUGAGCCUGUUCAUCGACUCUGCGCCCAGCAGCGGCAAGAAGAAAUCGGCCACCAGCCCCGAGUCCGAGUCUGCUGCGGCGGUGCGUCAGCGUUAUCUCGCCAUGUCGCCCACGGCGUCUGCCAUUGCGCCGGGCGCUGCGAGCGCCGACGCCGCGGAGUCCAGGCUCGCAGAGGCCGGUAAAACAGCAGCAGAGGCAGAUGCGGAUGCAGAUGCGGAGAGCCUGCGACAUGCGCUGCGCCAACAGGAACGAGAGCGAGAGCAGGAGCAGGAGCAGGAUCAGGAUCAAGAGGAGCAAGACGAGGCGGGCUGGAGAGAAAAGAACCUGAGCACGAGCGCAGGCGCAGGCGCAGGACCACCGCUGCCGUGGUCGCCCAGCAGCACGACGAGCAGUUCUAAUGUUAACAUUAAUGCGAGCAUCACUGCCGCCGCCUCUCUCUCGCUGUCUCCCACCGCUGGCGACAUUAAGCAUGAGCAUGGCCUCUCCAGAGGCGUCAUUUCCGCUCCCCUGCCCCAGAGCCCCAACCGACACGAGCGCCCCUCGAUUUCUGCCCGGGAUUCGGACAUCGCGACGCUGAUUACGGGUGCUAAUAUCACUGCCGCUACCACCACCACUAGCAUUGCCACCGUUGCCAGUCAUACUGCUGCAGGCUCUCGAGCGGCCACCGUUCGUAUCCCUGCACCCGCACCCGAAGAGGCGCCAUUGCAUACGGGCAGCGUGCAGCCGGGCACCAAGCUGGCCCAUCCAAAGCCCAUCCUGCACAUUGCUACCGACGUCUCAUCGCCGUCGAAACACAGUCACCACCACUCCGACCUGCUCACCCGCUCCGCGUCAGCCGUCAGCAACGUCGCCCAUCUCGAAGCCACGGCCGAGCGCCUGUCCAUGACCAGCAGCAUCGACGAUGCCAUCCGCGAGCUGCACUGCGAACUGAAGCGAAGCGACAGCAGACGAUCCUCCAUCCUCGCCGCCAGGGCCGCCUCCGCCGACGAGCACUCGACACGCCUGCGACGAUAUCCCUCCAACUCGUCCUCCUCCGCCGCCGCCGCCGCCCGCCAAAGGGGCUACUCUCCCGCGUACGUAAUGUCACCCACAAACUCCCUCUCGGGUCGCAUGCGAUCGGGCUCCAACGCCUCAGCCGGCCGUCCGGAGCACGAGGUCAUCAACUCCAUCCUGUCCCGCCACGGCCCGGGCAAGAGCUCCGUCAGGAGCGUGCGGUCGGCCAAGCCCUCGCUGGCUGAGAUAUCCGAGUCCGAGCCCAUCUCCCUGACCCAGCACGUGCUCGACCAAGUCGACGCCGUGCCCCCUUUUGAGCGCGCCGCCGCCGCCAGCUCCAGGAGCAUCAUCGAACAGGACGCUGUUGACGUCCCGCAGACAGACGAGUUCCACAACAUGCUCGAGGGCGGCUUUCGAAGCCACAGGGCUUCCAAUCUGGUCCUCGUAAACCCGGACCUGCCCUCUGACCACGACGACCACGACGACCACGAGGCCGAGCGGCCCAUGACGGCCAACUCCACAAAUACCUUCCAGGUGGCCCAGGACGCGUUUGUCGACUUUGACGGCGCCCACUGCGAGACGGACAACGAGGAUGAUCGUUUCGCUACGGCCGACAUGGGGUCGCGCUCGCAGAAGCGAGACAGGCUGUCCGACGUCCACCAGCAGCCUCCUCCUCCCCGGAUGCCCCAAUCUCUGCCCCAACCUCCUGUCGACGAUGAGUUAUUCCUGCCCACCCCCCAACAGUCCUCGGCCGAGUUCGUCAGGCCGCAGUCUUACUUUGACCACCAAACCGGCCAGCACAUGCUGUUUUACCCGGCUCGUGUCCCUGCCAUGCUCAACCUGCCGCCCAAGCUGUCCAGCAAGCCCAAGGCCACCGACCGGAACCAGCGACGCUCGGAGAUCCUCGGCGCCAUGAUGCAGCCCAAGGAGAACAGGAGGAAGUCGGUCGUCCCCGACCUCGACCAGUUUGCCCUGCCCGACCCUCUGUCUGGCCACCGCAACUCCUUUGCCGCCCUAUCCGUGGCGGACAACCUGGACAACGUCGACGAUGCCACCACGCCCACUCCGUUCCUUGAGGAGCCCGCACCUCAAUCCCGGAAUGGAUCCGCACCCUCCCUCGAAGAUCUUCGCCGGUCCCAGCGGCUGUCCAACACUGAAAAGCACCAGUCAAAUAUGCCCAACCUCGAAAACAUCCCCCCGCACCUCCGAGCCAGCGUCUUCUUCGAUCAGCCAUCUCUCGAGCUUCCCGAGAUCGAGGUCAAGGAUGGGUCAGCCAUGGCUACGCUCGACAGCAUUCUCGAUGCUUCAGCCACUGCUCCCGUCAGUGCCUUUACCGAUCACCUGUACGCUGGCAAGCUGGGCAAUGAAACCUACGGCAAGGAGAAGAAGAAGAAGAAGGCGUCCAAGCACAAGCCGCAGCAGCCCUCCACCAACACCCUGGGGGCUGCGCUUGCUGAAGGGCCCAAGGAGCAGUCGACAAUCAAGCUGCUCACCAAACGAAGCCAGAGCAGCUUGUUUGGAAGGGCUAACAAGGGCCCUGAUCCCAACGACAAUGCUCAUGAUGGGGCUGACGAGGAAGAGGAGCAUGAACAAGAGGAGGAGGAGGAGGUUGACGAAGGCGUCCUUGAUGGAAUGCCCACGACGCUCCUCGGCGAGAUCCAUCUCCGAAAGCAGCAACAGAAGCAACGACUCCUCAACCAGGGCAACGUAGCACCCCAGGGCAUGCGUGCCACCCUCUUGGAGAUGGACGCUGUCGCCGAGAUGCAGCGCAAGCAACGCCUCAAGCAGCGCGUCAACCUUGCCUGGGAAGAACCGAACGUCGCCGCGGAGCAGACCAUUUCCGACGACGAAGACACGCCCCUGGCCGUCAUUGCCGCCAUGCACCAGGGCGCCAAGAACAUGGCCGACGUCGACCGCCCGAUAGGACUUAUGGAGAUGCGCCAGCUGGAAGAAAACGAACCGCUGAGCUCACGCGCCGCCCGUCUUCAGGGACGAGCCUCCACCGUCUUCAACGCGAAACGCCAGAGCAACCUCAGCCUUCCCGUCACGCGCAUGGCUGAAGUGCAGCCGCCAGCUUCGCCGCGCAUCGUCGAGCCGGACGCGAGCGUGGUGGAUGAAGAUGCACGCACUACCAUUGCUGUAGAACCCGAACCCCUGGCGGCUGAGAUUGAGGAAGAGACGCUUGGUGCCAGGAAGCGCCGCCUGGCAGAGUCUCAGCUGCCCAAGGCCCGUCCUGUCAGCGGCACCUUUUCCGCCGAGCUCCUGGGCCAGUUUGCCGAUCCCGAGGAGUCCAAGGCCAAGCCCAAUGCGGGCGUAGAGGAUGAGACCCUGGGCCAGCGCCGUCGCCGUCUGCAAGCUGAGCGGGAGGCCCGCGAAAGAGAGAUGAGCUAUGGUAACCUGACGGGUGAAAGACCAGGCGAAAGGCCAGUCAGCUACGGCAACCCGAUGGUCGAGCCGCCCAGGAGGGGCGUGAUGCGCCGGGUCAGCAUGGCCGACAUGCUGUCAGUGCACCAGAACAUUCAGGACCCUCGCAUUGCGGAGCAGAGACGCCAGCAGGAGGAGCACAUGAAGCUUGCCCAGCAGGACGCCAUGCUGGCGGCAGUCAGAAGCCAGAUGCCCACCGCCCUCAUACACAACGGCAACGCUCGCCCCGGAGGUUUCAAGGGAGGCCUGUACAAUGAUGGAACGGGCGGGCUCGGCGUGGAGGCGGCCAGAUCGAGCACGGCUCUCAACGCACUCCAGACCCGCAGCUUUACCAACACCGGCUCUAGGAACCGGGCCACCAUGAUGGCGCCGCCCAAUGGCUACGGCAUGGCGCAGGGAGGCUUGCAGCAGUCGUACAGCACGCUCACGGGCUUUGGGCCGGCCGCCAUGAACGGUAGAAACCCCAUGGGAGGCAUGAAUGGCAUGAAGCAGAUGAGCGUGUACGGUGCUGGCAACCUCUAUGGUGCCAACGGCAUCAUCCAGCCAAACAUUGGCAUUCCCAUGUCUAACCCCAACGGCAGCAUGGACCGAGUCGAGAGAUGGCGACAGGGCGUUGCCCCAUAG